AUGAAAGCAUUGAUUUUUGAUUUUGGGAAAUUAAAAUAUGAAACUGAAAGAGAUUAUACUUUGCAACUGACAUGGAAUAAGCUUUCAAAUAAGACUAACAUCUCCCAUGAUUGUGUACUUGCUAUUGGUGAAGUAUUAGCAGAUUGUCAAAAUUUUUCCAAACAAAUGAAAAAUGAAUGUAGUUUUGUGAGUUUACGUGAUGUUGAUCGAGCUCUUGUAUUGUUUAUAUACUUUUUGGAGGUAUUUACUGAUGUAUUCCAAAUUGAAAAACACAAUAAUGUGGACAAAAUCACUAAAUCUUUAUUACUAGCACUAAGCGUAGCAUAUUUGGCACGAAUGGCUUCACGUAACGAAUUUAUAACUAAAGUUUUAAGGUGCAUCAAGCCACCACUUCAUCCUGUUGAUUUAAUAGAGUAUCAAAUAAUAGUAAAAAAGUAUCAAGAAAAACUAUUAGAUUGUAUCGACACUGAAAAUGGUAUAGCUAAAAAUGCUGCUCUAAGAGAGAAUAUAUUUAUGAUGUUUGUGUGCAUUGAGUUGCGCAUUCCACUGUUUCUGGUUGGGAAACCUGGAAGCUCUAAAUCAUUAGCUAAAGCAGUCAUUGAGAAUUCAUUAAGAGGAAAAAAUUCUAAGAAGGCAACUAUGAGACAAUUCAAACAAAUCCAUCUUCAUUCCGACCAAUGCAGUGCUUUUUCAACUCCUGCUAGUAUUACUGAAGUAUUCAUGAGUGCCAAAAACUUCCAGGAAAAAAGAGAUACAAGGACAUUUGUAUCAGUAGUUGCACUGGAUAUUUUUGCUGAAGCAUCACCUUACCUCCCAUUAAAGGCAUUACAUCCAUUUCUUGAAGAUGGAACAGAUGGAUCUGGAAGUGAUGAUCAACGCAUUGCCAGAGAAAAAAGAGUGGCAUUUAUUGGUAUAUCAAAUUCGGCUCUUGACCCUGCCAAAAUGAACAGAGGAAUCAUGGUAACACGUACUGAGCCUAGCAUUCAAGAUCUUAAAAACAGUGCCAUUGGCAUAUGCUCUGAUAAAGGAAACAAUAAUCCAGUACUUGAAAGACUAAGGACUUACUUUACUGAACUUGCAAGUGCAUAUAAAAGCAUAUGUGAUCUUCAAAAAAGGGAAUUCUUUGGACUUCGAGACUUUUACAGUCUUAUUAAAAUGCUCUACUGGAUGAGUGAAGAGACUGGUUCUAUACUGACAAGACCACAACUUGAACAUGCUGUGAGACGUAACUUUAGUGGCUUUGAUGAGUUUGAUGCUGUUGCUAAAUUUCAACUGCAGGAGCUAAAAAAUAAUGAAUUGAAAAUUGUACAAAAUUUUCCGUGUCAGUUUGUGAGUUAA